AUAAAACGCUGUAAAGCUUCACUACCAGCUUCUCCAACCUCAAAACCCUAUUCUUCCCUGUAACUUCAGCUUCAGAUUUGAGCAUUUUGGCAGUGCAAAUGGGAGUCACAGUUACAUUCGUGCUCUGCUUGACUUUGCUGUUUGCUGCUUCAGCUUUCGCUGCUGUUCAUCCCAGACCCAGAGUUGCAGAAGCUUAUCUUGAAAAUGGAAACUUUGAAGAGAAGCCAGACCCCAAAAACCUCCAGAAAACAAAACUUGUUGGAAAAUUUGCCUUACCCAAAUGGGAGAUCACUGGUCUGGUAGAAUAUGUGACUGGGGGACCACAACCUGGAGGCAUGUUCUUCCCUGUGACCCACGGAGUUCAUGCUGUGAGGCUAGGCAAUGAUGCUUCAAUUUCUCAGACCAUUAAGGUCAAGCCAGGUCAAUUGUAUGCCCUAAUUCUGGGAGCCUCAAGGACUUGUGCUCAAGAUGAGGUCUUGAGAAUCUCAGUGCCUCCACAGAGUGGGGAUGUGCCUUUGCAGACACUGUACAGUCUCAAUGGUGAUGUUAUUGCUUGGGGAUUCAAGGCCUCUUCAAACAUUGCCAAGGUCACAUUCCACAACCCUGGAGUUCAAGAGGACCCUGCCUGUGGACCACUCUUGGAUGCAAUUGCUAUCAGAGAAUUCUACCCACCAAUGCCUACCAGAGGCAAUUUGGUGAAAAACUCAGGCUUUGAGGAAGGUCCAUUCCCUAUAUUCAACUCUACCAAUGGUGUGCUUCUCCCUCCUAAGCAGCAAGAUUUCUUGUCUCCGCUUCCUGGUUGGAUCAUUGAAUCACUCAAAGCUGUGAAAUUCAUUGACUCAUGGCAUUUCAAUGUCCCCUAUGGACAUGGGGCUGUGGAGCUUGUUGCAGGCAGGGAAAGUGCCAUUGCUCAGAUCCUCAGAACAGUUCCAAACAAAGUCUACAACAUCACUUUCGCUGUCGGAGAUGCCAAAAAUGGCUGCCAUGGAUCAAUGAUGGUUGAAGCUUUUGCAGCCAAAGAGACUCUUAAAGUUCCUUACAAAUCUGUAGGGAAGGGAGGCUUCAAGACUGCCAGCUUCAGAUUCAAAGCAAUUGAGCCCAGAACCAGAAUCACAUUCUACAGCUCCUUCUACCAUACCAGAAUUGAUGACUUUGGAUCUCUCUGUGGUCCUGUCAUUGAUCAAGUUGUGGUGUUCCCUGUUGCUUGAAGUUGAGUUCAUCAAUUAUAGUAAUACCUUGUGAUUGGAAAUUUUCAAAACAGUUCCUUAAUCUCAUGUUUUUUUAUAAUUGUAAGAUGAUCAAACAUAUUGUCUUCUGGUUAUAAAUUAUUUAUCAGAAGACUCACAAGUCACUACUUAUUAAGUGUUUGAUUUUCA